AUGAAAACCUCAAUCGCGGCCCUGUUACUCCUGUUCAAAGUUAGGGAGAUUGUUGCUGUUUGCCCCGAUGGAUAUUCACUUGAACCAGCUCUUCAGCAGUGUUUUCUCAUGACGGGAAAAACGGGUAAUUGGUCAUCCGCCUCGUCGUUUUGCCAAUCAACCGGUGGCAAUCUUCCCUCGAUUCACAAUGCUUUCCAAAACGCCGCUUUAGCCAAAUUUUUUGGAACCGCCUUAAAUCUCGGUAACAAGUUUUGGUUGGGUUUCUACAGUUGUUGCUUUGGACCGGUCUGGUUUUGGACUGAUGGAACACCCGAUGAUUACUACAAUUUUGCAUCAGAACACAGCGAGGCAAGAGGAUGGCACCCAUACUUGGAUUUGGACACCCAAACGUGGCCAACAGUCGACGGGGCUACAGAAUUGGCGUUCAUUUGUGCGGCACCCGAUUCAGCUUCCACUCGUUCAAUGGACCUCCAUCAACUCAGUCGCAGUGGAUCGUUGAGAGACCGGUUAAUUCUAAUAGCCAUUUGCCUUAUUUCAACAUUGCGAAGCAAAAUUCGAUCUGGCUUUGAGCUUCAAAGCGCUCAAAGCCUUCUCGUAGACGAUGAAGAUGAUGUGGAGUCCUCAACCUGCGAAACCUGCGAAGUACUCGAUAUAGUUCUGAUUCUUUUG